CAUUGUGGGGCGGGCGGGCGGUUGGUCGCGGAGAGCUGACAUGGCGGAGGAGGUGCAGAAGCACUCUGUGCACACGUUAGUGUUCAGAUCACUGAAAAGGACUCAUGACAUGUUUGUAGCUGAUCACGCCAAGCCCGUCAUUAUAGAUGAGAAAAGUUACAAACUGAAGAUGGAUGUGAAGCUUCGUACAGAGUACAGUCCUGUGUUGCACAUGCCUGUACUUAAAGAGGCCAGAGAAAAAGGUUCACAAUCCAUCGAUCCAUACAAUUCUGGGCAUUAUGACCUAAAUCAUGGUCAGGAAUCUGAAUACAUUAUAACUGGUACACAUCCUUAUCCAUCCGGUCCAGGAGUGGGUUUGACAGCUGAAACGCAGAUGCAGAAAAUGCCAUCUGAGGCAAAUGCUCAAGCCUUGGCUUUGUCUCUUCCUCCCUCAAAGGCCAGACAAGAUGCUAAUCAUACUGCAGCUAGCGUUGCCGAUAUCCACAGACAUGCAGGAAUUGCUGAACGUUCACAGCCUCCAGGAUCUGCCUUGGCUCUAAUGGAUGCUGGAGGCACAAAGAAUUCUGCUUUAAUUACAAGGAAACUUCCUGCAAUGCCAAAACCACAGUGGCAUCCACCUUGGAAACUCUACAGGGUAAUCAGUGGCCAUUUGGGCUGGGUAAGGUGUCUUGGAGUAGAACCUGGGAAUCAGUGGUUUGUCACUGGCUCAGCUGAUAGAACGAUUAAGAUCUGGGAUCUUGCCAGUGGUAAGCUGAAGCUGUCUUUGACUGGACACAUCAGCACAGUACGAGGAGUGGCAGUCAGUUCACGAAGUCCGUACCUUUUCUCCUGUGGAGAGGAUAAGCAAGUGAAAUGCUGGGAUCUGGAAUAUAACAAGGUUAUCCGACAUUACCGGCAUUUAAGUGCAGUAUAUGGGCUGGAUCUGCACCCUACCAUUGAUGUCCUUGUAACGUGUGGCAGAGAUUCAACUGCACGGGUAUGGGAUAUACGGACUAAAGCAAAUGUUCACACCUUAUCAGGACACACAAAUACUGUUGCCACAGUGAAAUGCCAAGCAGGAGAACCACAGAUUAUUACAGGUAGUCAUGACACUACCAUACGGCUGUGGGAUCUGGUGGCAGGGAAAACUAGAGUCACCCUAACAAACCACAAGAAAUCUGUGCGUUCUCUAGUUCUACAUCCAAGACAGUACACGUUUGCCUCUGGUUCUCCGGAUAAUAUAAAGCAGUGGAAGUGCCCAGAUGGAAUUUUUAUUCAAAAUCUGCCAGGUCACAAUGCGAUCAUCAAUACACUUGCUGUAAAUUCAGAUGGAGUGCUCGUAUCAGGAGCUGAUAAUGGUACCAUGCAUCUGUGGGAUUGGCGAACUGGAUACAACUAUCAGCGAAUACAUGCUGCUGUUCAGCCAGGCUCUUUAGACAGUGAAUCUGGAAUAUUCGCUUGUACCUUUGACCAGUCGGAGAGCAGAUUGCUAACCGCAGAGGCUGAUAAAACAAUCAAAGUCUACAGAGAAGAUGACACUGCUACGGAAGAAACUCACCCAGUCAAUUGGAAGCCAGAGAUCAUCAAAAGGAAGAGAUUCUAAAUUACUCUGACAUUAAAAAUAGUUAUGUUGCAUUUGUUUUUUUUGUUUGUUUUCAUAAGGCUCUUUUUUUUCCUCCCCUGCUCCCGAUUUCUUCCCCAACUAUUCCUUUACACAAAAGUGGACUUGGACUGCUUCCCAGAACUUGACAAUAUGUGACCAGUUAGUUGCUAGAUGUGAAAGUUCUCCAUUUUUUUAUUCCCCCUCCCAUUUAUUAGUAAAAUGCCUGUCAUCUCAACAUAUUCCAUGAUAUCGCAGCAAAUAUUGGUGUCCUGCCAUGUGGGAAAUUGAAGGUGCAAACCAGCAUCCUACCAAUCCACAUCAAUGGGCUGCACAAAGUCAAUUGUUACAAUUUGUCUCUGACCAAUAGAUUACUGUACAAGCCACGAGAAACAUUGUCAAAUUAUGUUUUUAACUCAUCAUAGCAAUGCUGUUGUAAAUUGUUUUCCUAUAAUAAACAUUUCUGUACAAAAAUUGUGUAUUUCAUAUUCAUAAAUUUCUAUUUAAAGUUUUUGCUUAAUCCAUUUGUUAUCUAGAAUUUGUGGCUACACUGCUUAGUCAAGGGGUUUAACCUAUUACGUAUCUUUGCAUUCACAAUGUGUGAAUGAUCUUAAAAGCCUCCCCUUUUUAUACCCCAAUACAGCAAAUACCUACUGAAAUUGUAUUUUAGUUCUAUCUGCGAUGACUUGUUUCACUUAAAUGAACAAUUGAAUGAUUGUAAUUGAAUAACUAUCGAAAUAUGCCUGUCAGUUUUCUAACCUCAUUGUUUUGAGAUGUUGAUUUUAAUGUGGAUGGAACAGUAUAAUUUUCAUAGCCUUUUAUUGGUAAUCAAUAAACUACCCUAAAAUACUGUA